UCUCCCUCCCACCCACCAUUCACCCCACUGGAACUUGAGACUGGUCACUCUCUCAUUCACAGUCUGCUUCAUUCACCCCAGUUUCUGCCUCGAACAGCACAGACGUGAAGUGUUGUUUAUCAAAUGGACGUGUUGGCCGCUCCUGCAGACAGACAUAAAGGAUGGUACCUUUCUCUGAUGGCACCCAACACAAAAGGACCAAAGUUUGCCUGGCUGGACCCGUCCAGACUCUACUGCAAUUCCCUGGCUCUUGCAGACUGUGUCAAAGACCUUCUCAGCCCAUUCCACAGCGACACCAUUGACCUGGUUGCCGGGAUAGAUUCAAUGGGAUUUAUUCUUGGUGCGUCUCUUGCCAAAACCCUUGGCAAAGGUUUUCUGGCUAUCCGCAAAGCAGGACACCUGUGUGUCUCUACUGAAUACCAAACCUACAGCGACUACACAGGCAGAGAAAAGACUAUGGAAGUAAGACUGGAUGUGCUAAAACCAGGUAUUAGGGUGCUAAUAGUGGACCAAUGGAUAGAAACCGGAGGCACUAUGAAGGCUGCCAUCAAACUGGUGGAGAGGCUGGGAGCCACUGUUGUAGGUGUAGCCGCCGUGGCCAUCGAGAACACUGAAGGUGGGAAGUGGAUCAAAGAACACUACAAAUUCUCUCACUGCAUCCCUGAAGAGCUCCAGAGCCAAGUUGACCGGAAGUAUCUCGAUUUCUUCAAAAGCUUCAACUGAACAAGAAAACAUGAUUUCUUCUCACAACUUCAGUAAAGAAGACAAAGGGGAACAUGUUUUUUUUUAAUAUACUGAAAUCUGUUUUGCGACAGCUAAACUGUGAUUUCAACUAAAUAACUCUGAAAUAUCACA